UUGUAUUUGUCUCGAGAAAACAGAGAUAAGCCGCCUAUAUAUAGAGAAACACACCAAGAAAUCAUGAGCUCGUGCCUGAUGAGCUUGCGCUCCCUCCUCAUUGAAGCCUUCCGUCUCCUGCAACCCUUCUGUCAACCUAUGUCUAUGGCAUUGCGUGUUCCUCAGGACUAUUGUACUUCCCUCUGGAGGUCGGUGACCAGUCACUUGUCUCUUCGUGGGUACUCCCACACGCUGCGGAGGGCCAUGACAGCAAUUGUGCCGCCCCGAAUUUUUCGCAAAGGCGCAAGGAAGAUCAUCAACUGCGAAUUUGUUGUCGAGACUGUGCCUUACACCAACCGCACUCACAAGGUCAUCUUCUCUACUAGGACAGCGUGCGUGAGCGGAGAGAUCCGCUUUGCCGAUUUCAAGAAGGAGCAUGCCUCCGAGAUCGUAGACCCACACCACCACCAAAGUGUCCGUGUCCACGCCAUUGGCUCGAAGAUCAUUCGCGCUAUCCGUCGUGGCUUGUCCAUCAAGAACAAGAUAGAACAACCAGGACGGGAACCACCACACAUGGCGACGUGUCUGGAUUGGAUCGACGAGCUCAAUUGGGAGGUGAUAGUUGCCGAACACAACGUCAAGAAAGCACAUUGCUUUGACGGUGGUGGUAAGAUUAUAGUCUUCACGAGAUUACUUGAUCAUUUCAGCACGGAUGCUGAGAUUGCCGCCGUCAUCGCACAUGAGGUUGGGCAUGUUAUUGCGAGGCACGCGUCUGAGAUGAUCCAAAUAUUCAGGUUGUGGUUCCCAACCCACUUCCUCUUGGCGCCAUUGCUACGAAGAACUCAUCCAUCAAUGAGGAGAAGAGCAUGGCUUUUAUCACAGCCCAAAGUCAUGGAGGAGCAAUGGGAUUAUACAGAGAAGCAACAGGUGAUGGGCCCCACAAUCAAGGAUCUGGAUUACAUUGGAAUGUUGCCGCUAGUUGUUGCUGGUAUGUACUCAUUUGGUCUUUUUAUGUGA